GCUUUGCACGCAUUGCUGAGAGGAGGGGGUAUUUUUGUUGUCGUGCUGCACUACUUCACCACCGGCUGCGGCGGAGGAGGAGAAAGAGGAAGGGGGCAAUGCGAGAAUGUGAAUCCGCCCCACGACGGGCAGGGAAGAUUGGAAACGGGAUUUUCCGAAGGGUGAUGAACCCAAAUGGACCUUCACGGAUGUAUGGGGGUGGAUACGGGGGGGCAGUGGUGAAAGCAACACAUCAAGAACGUGACAUGCUUAAUACCGCAGCAGUAGCAGGAGGAGGAGGAGGAGGAGGAGGAGGAGGAGGAGGAGGAGAGGGGCGUUAUGUGAAUGGGAUUUGCGGUGAGAGUGAGGGAUCCAUUUUGUGCGAUCCUCUGGGGGGCGUUUAUUCUGAACGGGAGUUGGGAUCCGAAUGCACGUUUACCCCGACUGGAAAGUGGGAAGGGGGAAAGCUUGGAACAUAUGUGGAGACGACGACACGUGUCGCGUUUCAAGCAUCCAAUCAGUCGAUAAAAUGCGCGCCAAGGAAGAAAAACUUGUUAAGCAUCCGAUCUGUCCUUGUAGAUGGGCCGUUACGCGAGCAUGAACAGGAUGGGACAGAAGCAUCAGCCACUCUUUCCCCCUUUUCUAAUAGAGCCGUCCAGGGCCAGGAAGAGCUGAGUGAUAGCUAUUAUCACCCAUCAGGAGCCUCCCCUAUCUUGGAGUCCAAUAACGAUGACGGAUGGUCAGUGACCCGAUGUGAGAGAGACAGAAUGAACUCUUCGCCAUCGCCGCGCUCACCAAACAUGAGGGUGUGGAAUGAAAGAGUAAGAGGGAAGUCAAGAGGAGGAGAACUCGGUGGAGAACGAGGAGGAGGAGGAGGAGGAGGAGGAGGAGGAGGAGGAGGAGUGAUCAUGAUGAGCAAAGAGGAGCAACAAGUUGUUUGUUCCGGGUGUUGGCAAACGUCAGCCUACCGGUGCGGUGAGGAAGACGGGAUUCGUGGAGGAUUUUCGACUAGGGUCGCGAUCGAGAAUCGGGAUUGCCCACAACUGAGCCAACAGUGUGGGAGCUGUGAUGACUUCGACGCGAGAACAAGGGGGGGGGGUAGCUGUCCGGGAAGAGUUGGACUGAUGGAGACUCCACUAAGUCAGCUCAGUAAAUGCGGGAACUUCGUGGCCAGGUUUAUCAACGAGGAGGAGGGCAACUCGUCUUCCGUGAGCAAGGCCAUGGAACAAGCAGCCGCUAUGCGCGAGGAGAUCCGGCGUAUGCGAGAAGACGCAGCGACUCUGGCUCUCAAAAUUGGAGAGCUGCAUGCCACGGAUGCAAAUGCGCUCCGCCGAGCUGCUACCAUGAUGCGCGAACACAUUCACUACCUCGGACAACAGAUUCAGGGUUUGCAUGAUGAUAUAAAUGGCUUUGGCAUGCAGGUGUCGCAGUUUAUUCAGGUACCUUGGCAGCAAUACGCCAGAGAGGGGAUGGUCACGGCGUUGACUUUGAUGACGUUGUUUGGCUUUGAGGGUGCGUUCUCCUGGUGCCGGAGAAGAAGGCAUCCUCGAAGAGGUGGAUUGGCAAGACGGUGGUCUUGGACUCUUGCAGCCUUUCUCCUGGGAGCUCGGGUUGCUGCUGGAACCUGGCAGAACAUUACACGGCAAAUUGAAGAGGACCUUGUUCGGAAGAAGAGGCUGCUAAAGCAAUGGAGCAUCAUUGCAGAGCAUAUCACAACGAUGGCGACACUUGCCCACUCCUCGUCUUUUGGAGUUAGUUGUGUUGACGAGUGAUUUGGAUGGCGUUGAAGUUUGAACAGAAAGAAUCCCUUCAGCGGUGAAAUGGUGAGAGAUUUACAUGAUGAAUGGGGGGGGAAUGAGGGAUGACUGUCUUCGACGACAGAUGUAGAAUAGAUCCCUCGGUAUAGUUUGGAUAACCGCAGAACUGUAAUCGCCGAGUUUAUUGUACAGUUGUUGUGUUAACGAUAGAUAAGUUGUUGUAGGAUUUAGGCACGAAGGGUUUUGCCGACCGCCCUGGCGAGAGAGGGGGAGUGCUGUGCUGUUCUCCUGUAGAGUAACAGGUCCAGAUGCUUCAUGUGCCUAAGCAAUGAAGGAUCCCCCCUUUC